AUGCGCGCAACUCUCAUCGAGCCCUUGGAAGCACGCAGCCAGCAAGUUAACCCCGACGUUGGUCCUGUAGGACGGUCGGUAGUUGAUGAAGAGGCGCCUAUCAAAGCUCGGGGUAGAGUCAAUACCAGUACAGGACGACCGAAACGAGAGGCCGAAGCCGUGGCUGAGGCUGGAGUCCUUGAAGCACGCGUGAGGAUCGGGAGUAAAACGGGUAACAGUGUACGGGACGCAGAUGAAGAACCCAUCAAGCGAGAUAUCGGGUUUCCAGAAGGUGGCUCGACAUCAGACUCAUCAGACUCAGGUGGCUCGACCGGGAUCAAGUUCAACAGCCCUGGUGGUCAUCGACGAGAUGCGGAUGCAGACACCGGCAGCGUCGCUAUACCGAAAGAGGCACUGGCCGAACGUGGUAGACUUGUGCUAUUGGACCCGACAGACGACUUGGUCGAGCGAGAACGCGGCUCGAACUGGGGUGGAAGCAAGCGCGGCCUUACCCCAAGUCCCGGCGGCAGCUACCGACGUGAAGCUGAGCCGAUCAGGAUCAGUGGCUCUCGUGGUAGUCACCGACGUGAAGCUGAGCCGAUCAGGAUUGGUGGUGGUCACCGACGUGAAGCUGAGCCAAUCAGGAUUGGUGGUGGUCACCGACGUGAAGCUGAGCCAAUCAGGAUCAGUGGCUCUCGUGGCAGUCACCGACGUGAAGCUGAGCCGAUUAGAAUCAGCGGCUCUCGUGGUGGUCACCGACGAGAGGCCAAGACCGUUGAUCAAUCUAUGAAGAAUGCAGGAGGGGGGCCCAAACGCCGCGAUGCUGCUGCCCAGCCUAACAGAAUCGGUGGGGGUAUAAGUGGCGGUCGACGAGAUGCCGAUGCAAAGGCCAUCGAGGCCCGCCAGAGGAUGAGCUCUAGCACUGGUCGCGGCCGCCGAGACGCCAUCCCAGGAUUCGUUCGUCCAGGUGGAGGGACCCGCCCAAGAGAUGUCACCGCAGAGACAGUCGAGGCUCGUACGAGGCUCAGAGGCAACAGCCAUCGUGUUUGA